CUAAAAGACAGAAACUGCCGAGAGAGAGAGCUUGGCACUCUCGCACACAAAUUCCAUAUACUCCACUCAGCACUCAGGACUGAGUGAAGUUAAUGACAAACAAAACGAUAAAGACAAACGCACCCUUCACGCAUUGUCGACAAAACAACGUUGCCAUGAACAAGUAACAACAACAACCUCUUCCUCCUUGAAUCCUGAGCCCAAACUCCAACCCUUGAAUUCCACUCCACUCCCCAUUACCGGUUCACACUUUUCCAAGGGGCAAGCUUUGGAAUUUUCGUGGGGCUUCCUCUCCAUUCUUCUUCAAUUACAAAACCCACCAACCGAUUAGAUUUUCCUUCUCUCCUUCUCGUAACUCUGCUAAUGUGCUUUUUCUGUAGGGUUCCCUUUCCUCUGCUCUUUCUCCUUCACUUUCUCGGAUGAAGCUUGAGCUUCCUAAUCUGAUCAACCUUUUCUACUUCUAAUCUUUCUUUUUCUUUUGUUUUUAUCUGGACCAGCAACCACCCUGCUUUGCGUGUGGGAUCUGCACAACUUGACUGUGAAAUCAUCUUCAUUAUAAUAACCAUAGUUCCUUUCACCAACCGCUGUGCUUGCCUUUAUAUCUGUAUAUGCUUAUUCGUUAUGUGUUCUUUGGGUUCUUCAAGUUUAUCCCUUGUUUUGUGUUACAUGUGAUGCUGAUAUAUUAGAGCCUAAAACUAAAGCCUUUUUUUUUUUUUGAGCGCUCUCUUUUCAAUCAUCGCUUUUUUUCUGUUGCUGUUGUUACAUGGGAUCAAUGUUUCAAGAAGAAGGGUCAUCUUCUGUAACUUCGUCACCCCUUCAAUUCUUCUCGAUGAUGUCACUGUCACCUAGCAUAGGAUCUCCAUACACAUGGCUAAGAGAGCUGAAAUCAGAGGAAAGGGGAUUGGCCUUGAUCCAUUUGUUGCUGACUUGUGCAAACCAUGUGGCUGCUGGUAGUCUUGAGAAUGCAAAUGUAAUGCUUGAUCAAAUUUCCCAGUUAGCUUCCCCUGAUGGCGACACUAUGCAACGAAUCGCGGCAUACUUCAAUGAAGCGCUGGCCGAUAGGAUACUCAAGACAUGGCCUGGCCUCCACAGGGCCCUCAAUUCCACCAGGAUUGUCAUGAUUUCAGAAGAAAUUCUUGUCCAAAAGCUCUUUCUGGAGCUUUUCCCGUUCUUGAAGGUGUCAUAUAUACUGACAAAUCAGGCUAUUGUUGAAGCAAUGGAAGGAGAGAAAAUGGUGCACAUAAUUGAUCUCAAUGCUGCCGAACCUGCGCAGUGGAUUGCUCUCCUCCAAGUUUUUAGCGCACGCCCUGAAGGCCCUCCUCAUCUGAGAAUUACCGGGGUUCAUCACCAAAAAGAGAUUCUAGAGCAGAUGGCUCACAAGCUUACUGAAGAAGCAGAAAAGUUGGAUAUCCCCUUCCAAUUCCAUCCUGUAGUCAGCAAAUUAGAGAAUCUUGAUUUUGAUAAGCUUCGCGUGAAAACCGGAGAAGCAUUAGCAAUAAGUUCUAUUCUGCAAUUGCAUUCCCUUUUAGGCCUGGAUGAUGAGGCCUUGCGAAGAAGAUCUCCUCUUUUGUCGAAAAACUCGAACGGAAUUCACCUGCAGAAAGCCUUGCUGAUGAAUCAAAGCACAUUAGGUGAUUUGCUUGAGAAAGAUACAGUGAAUGGCUACAGUCCAAGUCCUGACUCGGCCUCAUCCUCGCCGGUUUCUUUAACAGCUUCAAUGACUGCAGAGAGCUUUCUCAAUGCCCUAUGGGGAUUAUCACCAAAAGUGAUGAUUGUGACAGAACAAGACUCUAAUCAUAAUGGUUCAACCCUGAUGGAGAGAGUCCUAGAAGCUCUGUAUUCUUAUGCGGCAUUGUUCGAUUGUUUGGAAUCCACUGUCUCUAGGACAUCAGUGGAGAGAUUAAAGGUGGAGAAGAUGCUUUUUGGUGAAGAAAUCAAGAAUAUCAUUGCUUGUGAGGGAGCUGAAAGAAGGGAAAGACAUGAAAAGCUAGAUAAGUGGAUCCAGAGACUGGAUUUGUCCGGGUUUGGCAAUGUGCCGUUGAGCUAUUACGGCAUGUUGCAGGCGCGGAGAUUCCUGCAGAGCUGUGGUUGUGAGGGAUACAAGAUGAGGGAGGAGAAUGGUUGUCUAGUAAUUUGCUGGCAGGAUAGACCUUUGUUUUCAAUAUCUGCUUGGAGAUCUAGGAGGUGAGAACUAAGAACAAGCCAGACAAUGAUUCAAAGACAACAAAAUUAGAGUCUUAAGGUUUAUAUUUUGUUUUGUUUUAUUUUUCUUUGUUGGUAUGGAAGAGACUUUGCCAAUAUGGUAAGGCAAGUCAUCAAAAUUAGCUUAGAGAUAGUCCUAUUUCCCAGUUAAACUCCAUCAUGAGGAGGAAAGAAAAAGUGGGAAUACAGAGAAAGUUGUGAGGGAAUGAAGAACUUGUUCUUUUUUUUUUUUCUUUUUUUCUGGUUCUGUUCAUCAGUGUUUCAAUGCUGCUCAUUUUUAUUUUUCAUGAACUCUUAUACCCUAACUUGUAUCUGCCAUUUGGUGUGUAUAUUAUAAGCUAUUUCUCUCAUUUACUUGUUCAGUGUUA